AUGGGUCUUGGUUUAUCUAAAAAAGGUAAUAAAUCAUUGAAUGAUCCUAAAAGAUUUGUUGUGAAUGGUCAUACUUAUAAAAUAAUAAAUAUAGUCGGUCAAGGUGGUGAAGCUACUGUAUAUCAAUGUGAGGAUGAAAAUGGUUAUCGACAUGCUGCUAAAGUAUUCUAUUUUUCACGUUUUCCUCCUCAGCAAUUACGUCAACGAGUUGAUGGAUUUCUUAAAGAAGCACGUAUAUUGAGAUAUUUAAGUGGACGUUCUCCACAUUUUGUUACUUUGGUUGAUUAUGAAUAUAAACCUAGUGAAAAUGUUGGUUAUAUGGUGAUGGAAUUAGGAACUGGAUGUUUAAGACAACAUAUGCAAGGUUUACCAUUGAACGAUCAAGCUCGAAAUAUGUUUUGGCGACAGAUUGUUGGUAUAUUGAAAGCUUUAGAAGACGCACAAAUUGGUAAUUCAAUGAAAAAAAA